AUAACCUCAAUUUUGAAAAAUUCAAUAAGUGAUACUAAUCUAUACAAAGAUGUUUCGAAGAUCAAUUAGUUUUUGUAUAACGCGAUUUUAUUGUCAAGGAAUUGCUCAACCUUUAAGAAGCAGAAAACCUAAAUCACAAAGUGUUAAAGCACAACAUUUUAUAGAUUUUAAACGAAUAAAAGCUUUAGGCGGAUCUGGAGGAGAUGGUUGUAUAUCAUUUUUACAUUUAUGGAGUAACGAGUUUGCUGGUCCAGAUGGUGGAGAUGGAGGUCAUGGGGGACAUGUGGUAUUAAAAGCAUCCAUGGAUGUGAAGGAUUUAACCCAUGUUUUGUCAAUUCUUAAAGCUGAACCAGGAGAGAGAGGAUCUAACAAGGAUUGCAAUGGCAAAAAUGCAGAUCAUUUCAUUGUUAAUGUGCCAAUUGGUACUGUUGUUAAGAAUGAACGAGGCAAAGUUAUAGCAGAUUUAUCUGAGGAAGGGUUGAUGUUUGUUGCUGCUCGUGGUGGAGCAGGAGGUAAAGGAAACCAUUUCUUUAUAUCAGAUACAAUGCAGGCCCCAGAGAUAUGUGAAUAUGGAGCUAAAGGGGAACAAUUGGAGUAUAGUAUUGAGCUUAGGAGUAUGGCCCAUAUUGGAAUGAUUGGUUUUCCAAAUGCUGGUAAAAGCACGUUACUGAGAGCAAUAUCAAGAGCCAGACCAAAAGUUGCACCUUAUCCAUUCACAACUUUAAAACCCCAUUUGGGAAUGAUACAAUAUGACGACUAUGAGCAAAUAGCUGUGGCUGAUCUUCCUGGUUUAAUACCAGAUUCUCAUAAAAAUAAGGGUCUUGGCAUUCAAUUCUUAAAGCACGCGGAACGUUGUUCGGGUCUGCUUUUUGUAAUUGAUGUGUCGAACGAGAAUCCUUGUGAUCACUUAGACACUUUAAAAUACGAAUUAUCACAAUUUAGCGAUGAACUGAUCCAAAGACCACAAUUAAUAGUUGCAAACAAAAUUGAUAUACCUGGAGCGUUCGAUAACGUAAAAAUCUUAAAAGACAGUACAGAUAUUCCUGUAAUACCUGUAAGUGCAAAAAUAGGAACUAAUUUAAGUGAGCUUUUACAGGAAAUUAGAAGGAUGUACGAUAAAAACAAGUAAAAAGCUUUAUUAAAG